AUUCUGGACCUUUGGCGUCGUGGUGUUCGGGUCCCCGUGUCAUCUGUCGGCGUCCUGGCCCCCGGGCGGAGGUCCCCAACGCUGGAGGCGCAGCGAGAACCCCCGGUCUUCUAGAUGAUGUUCUCCAGGCUUUAAGGAAGAAGUCAAGCAAGAAUUGAGAGGGCCUGGAGAGGAGCCUUUCUUAAAUGACAACAAUGACAAGAGAAAAUUGGGCCCACAGUGCUCUGAGACAAGAGGGUCUUGUUAAAGGGAAGGAUGAUACCUGGAAAUGGGGAACCAGCUUCCAAGGAAGCAGUUCCUCUGUUUGGGAGACAUCCCACCUGCACUUUAGACAGUUACGUUACCAUGAGACAUCUGGACCCCACGAGGCACUGAGCCGGCUCCGGGAGCUCUGUCGUCGGUGGCUGAGGCCAGAAGCCCGUACUAAGGCCCAGAUCCUGGAGCUGCUGGUCCUGGAGCAGUUCCUGAGCAUUCUGCCUGGGGAGAUUCGGACUUGGGUGCAGAUCCAUCGCCCUGGGAGUGGUGAGGAGGCCGUGGCCCUGGUAGAGGAGCUACAAAAGGACCUGGAUGGACCAGCACUAAAAGUUCCAGUUCUUGUUCAGGACCAGGACCUUCUUCAGGAAGGGACGAGCACUCCAGGAACAGCAGUUCCUCAUGCACCCAUUAGCAGCCACAUAGCAACUGAAAUUUGCCAAAAUCCUUUUACUGACGCAGUGAUGUUCAAUCUCCAGGAUCCUCAACAUGAUUCCCCUGCACCUGAAGCUUCUGCCCUUUCCCAGGAAGAGAACCCAAGAAAUCAAUUAAUGGCCCUCAUGCUCCUAACAGCCCAGCCCCAGGAGUUGGUGAUGUUUGAGGAGGUGUCAGUAUGCUUCACUUCAGAGGAAUGGGAGUGUCUGGGCCCGAUUCAGAGGGCUUUGUACUGGGAUGUGAUGUUGGAGAAUUACGGAAAUGUGACCUCCCUAGAAUGGGAGACCAUGACUGAGAAUGAGGAGGUGAUACCAAAGCCAAGCAUUUCUCAAAGAGCUGAUUCUCAGAAAGGAACAUCCAAAAGACUUCAGGGAGGCGUUCCUCAGACCCUUGAUUUUGAGGAAGCUUAUGAAUGGCAAGUUUUGGCAAGUCAUUGGGGAACUAAAACAGGGGAAAGAGAUAUCCUAAAGAAAGUUUCUGUCUGUGAAAGAGAUAAGAAGAAAAGGACUCUACCAGAAAAACAAGGCCAGAAGUGGAAGGAAUUUGGAGAAAGCUUGACUUCAGGUUCUGCUCUUUCUGAAAGUUUAAUAGGUACUGAAGGAAAGAAGUUUUAUAAAUGUGAUAUAUGUUGUAAACAUUUCAGUAAAAUCUCCCAUCUUAUAAACCAUCGGAGAAUCCACACUGGUGAAAAACCUCAUAAAUGUAAGGAGUGUGGAAAAGGCUUUAUUCAGCGUUCAAGCCUUCUAAUGCAUUUACGGAACCAUUCUGGGGAGAAACCUUAUAAAUGUAAUGAAUGUGGGAAAGCCUUCUCUCAGAGUGCUUACCUUCUAAACCAUCAGAGAAUCCACACUGGGGAGAAGCCUUAUAAAUGCAAGGAGUGUGGAAAGGGCUUCUAUAGGCAUUCAGGCCUUAUUAUACAUCUAAGGCGCCAUUCUGGGGAGAGACCUUAUAAAUGUAAUGAAUGUGGGAAAGUUUUCUCUCAGAAUGCUUACCUCAUUGACCAUCAGAGGCUCCACAAAGGGGAAGAACCUUAUAAAUGUAACAAGUGUCAGAAAGCUUUUAUUCUGAAGAAGAGCCUCAUUCUGCACCAGAGAAUCCACUCUGGAGAAAAACCCUAUAAAUGUGAUGAAUGUGGAAAAACCUUUGCUCAGACUACUUACCUUGUUGACCAUCAGCGGCUCCACAGUGCAGAGAACCCAUACAAGUGUAAAGAAUGUGGAAAAGUUUUCAUUCGAAGCAAAAGCCUCCUCUUACACCAGAGAGUUCACACAGAAAAGAAGACUUUUGGUUGCAAAAAAUGUGGGAAAAUUUUCAAUUCAAAAUCAAACCUCAUUGACCAUAAGAGGAUGCAUAGCAGAGAGAAGCCAUAUAAAUGUACUGAAUGUGGGAAAGCCUUCACUCAGAGUGCUUACCUUUUUGACCAUCAGAGACUCCACAAUGGAGAGAAACCUUAUGAAUGUAAUGAGUGUGGGAAAGUUUUCAUUCUAAAGAAGAGCCUCAUUUUACAUCAGAGGUUCCAUACUGGAGAGAAUCUCUAUGAAUGUAAAGACUGUGGGAAGGUGUUCGGUUCCAACAGAAACCUGAUUGACCAUGAGAGACUACACAAUGGGGAAAAGCCCUAUGAAUGUCGAGAGUGUGGAAAGACUUUUAUCAUGAGCAAAAGCUUCAUGGUCCAUCAAAAACUACAUACACAGGAGAAAUCCUACAAAUGUGAGGAUUGUGGGAAGGCUUUUAGUUAUAAUUCAAGCCUACUAGUACAUCGGAGAAUCCACACUGGAGAAAAGCCCUUUGAAUGCAGUGAAUGUGGAAGAGCUUUCAGUUCUAACAGAAACCUCAUUGAACAUAAGAGAAUCCACAGUGGUGAAAAGCCCUAUGAGUGUAAUGAGUGUGGUAAAUGCUUCAUUUUGAAGAAAAGCCUCAUUGGACAUCAGCGGAUUCAUACAAGGGAAAAAUCUUAUAAAUGCAGUGACUGUGGGAAAGUCUUCAGUUACCGCUCAAACCUUAUAGCGCAUCAGAGAAUCCACACUGGUGAGAAGCCGUAUGCAUGUAAUGAGUGUGGGAAAGGCUUUACUUACAACAGAAACCUUAUUGAACAUCAGAGAAUUCACAGUGGGGAAAAAACCUAUGAAUGUCAUAUAUGUAGAAAAGUUCUUACCUCUAGUAGAAAUCUUAUGGUACAUCAAAGAAUCCAUACUGGAGAGAAGCCUUAUAAAUGUAAUGAGUGUGGAAAAGACUUCAGUCAGAAUAAAAACCUUGUUGUACAUCAGAGGAUGCACACUGGGGAAAAACCAUAUGAAUGUGAGAAGUGUAGAAAAUCUUUUACUUCUAAGAGGAAUUUAGUUGGCCACCAGAGAAUCCAUACAGGGGAGAAACCAUAUGGGUGUAAUGAUUGUAGUAAAGUUUUUAGGCAGAGAAAAAACCUUACUGUACAUCAGAAAAUUCAUACAGAUGGAAAACUUUGUGAAUGUGAUGAGUCUGAAAAAGAAUUCACUCAGACUUCAAACCUUCGUCUUCAACAAGAAAUCCAUACUGUGAAGGAAUUCUCUUGGUUCCAAAAUGCCAAUGAGUCAAAGAGAGAUUCAGAAAAUCUAAUGUCAUUUGUAAAAUAGGAUAGAAUCCCUGCCUACUUAAGUAACUGUUAGACAAAUGCUAGUAUAUGGUCCUUGCAAGGAAAAAAUUCAUGAUUGACCCUUUUAUAGACAAGCAGUUUUCAUGUGAAAGAAAGUUAAUCUAGACUUUCAAGACUACAAAAAACAUAAACCAAAUUCUAGUUAAAGAAUGCUAUGUCUUAGACCAUUUGUUAUGACUCUGGAAAGGGACCUUAAAGCACUUGAAGACUGAAGAAGCUCAUGAGAUGUGAUGAUGUAGAUGUAAAUGAUAACAAAAAUAUCUUUGUAUUAAAAAGUGGACAUUGUUUCUGAAA